GAGUCUGGGGGUGGGGGAAGAAAGGAAGGGGGGAAAGGAGGAGAAGGUGACAGGGCCUGGCAGGAGAGAGGCAGGAAGGCAGUAGAGAAACUUUGGCCACGUUGAAGGGGUGGAGAGAAGGAAGGAGCGUGAAGAGGAUGGCAAAGGAGGGAGAAGGACACUGCAGGACUGGGUGCUGAGGUGGGGGCAACUAAACAAGGGGAGCCCUUGUACACACGAGGCUCAGUUCCCCCCCUCAGUUCCCAAAGCUGGGGCUUGUCUGUCUCUGGUGCCAGGGGUUGGCUGGCCCCAUCAGCAGUCCAGCUCUAGGGCCAGCCCCACGGCUCCCGGGCCAACAGAGAACCCUGGAAUUGUGUGGCCCCCCUUGAUCCUGGCCCCAGCAUGGGGGUGAGCAGGUGUGAGGGGGUGAACAGGUGCCCCAAGAGAGAUGCCCCAAGAUGUGGCUGGUCACAAGAGCCAGGGACACUAGGGUUCCCUACGAAUGGACCCAUCAGUCCCCCUUGGGGGUGCUGCUGAGCCAUUAGAGAUCCAAAGGGCUGUCUGUGCACACCUGUUUGUCUGUCUGUACACAUGCAAGUGCACACACAUAUGUGCACACUGCUGCCUGUCUGUCUAGCCCCACUUACACCAUCUAUCCAUCCCCAUGGCCCCCAUCUGUCGGUCCCAUCAUCCAUCAGCCCACCCACCUAUCCAUCCAUCCAUCCCCACGUAGCCCCCCAUGUUCUUCCUUCCAUCCUUCCUUUCCCACAUGCUGCCAUCCAUCCCCAUGUAGCCCCCAUGUGUUUUUCCUUCCCCACAUGCACUCCAUGCACCCAUCCAUCCAUCCACCCACCCACCCCCCAUGGCCCCAUCCAUCCAUCCCUCCCUCUCUCUCCACACCCCCCUGCCAUCCCCCACACUCUCCCUCGCUACCUCCCUCUCUCCCCAGGGUCAGUCUCGUGUGUACAAGUGUCCCCAGCUUCAACUCCGUGCCCAGGCUCAGUACCCAAAGCUGGGGCUUGUCUGUCUCUGGUGCCAGGGGUUGGCUGGCCCCAUCAGCAGUCCAGCUCUAGGGCCGGCCCCACGGCUUCCGGGCCAACAGAGAACCCUGGAAUUGUGUGGCCACUGGACGAUUAAUACCAGGUCUUCUCGGUGGCUGCCAUCACCUCUGGACAUCUCUUCAGCUCUCUGUAUUUGCUCCUCUGCCAGACAUCAACACCGGCUUUCUUCCUCCUUCUUUCUCUCCGUGGCAGGAAGGACGGAACCAUCCUGCCGGCUGGGCAAUAAUAGAGGCCUUGACGGGGAGGUAACGGGGAAGCCGUGACCUUCCUCUGCUCCUUUCAUUCGUUCAUUCCCCGCUCUUUUGCUCCCUGCCAGCGCCGGAUCUGUGGAGGACAGCAUGUGUGCCCGGCUGGCGCGCGCGCUGUAUGACAACGUGGCCGAGUGCCCCGAGGAAUUGUCCUUCCGGCGGGGGGACCUGUUGGUGCUGCUGCAGCCCGCAGCGCCAGGCCCAGCUGGCUGGCACCUCUGCGCCCUGCACGGCCAGCCUGGCAUUGUGCCCGCCAACCGCGUGCGCCUGCUGCCCGAGCCCGGGCCCCUGGACCCCAGCCCCGGCCCCACCAGUGCCGGCCUCCAUGAGGGGCCUGGGAGACGCAGCCAUGAACCGCCCGAAGACAAGAAGGAGGAGGAAGAGCAGGGGGUGUACGUGGUGCCCCCACCAGCCCGGCCCUGCCCCUUGCCCCUGGAUGCCAUCUACAAUGUGCCCCGCGGCGCCCGGCGGGACGGGGACCCCGGGGAGGUGUACGCCGUGCCGUCCUCGCUGCCCUCGGCCCCCUACGACCUCCCCCCGACCCGCGAGGGCCCUGAAGGGCAGGAGGGGGAGCAGGACGAGACCUAUGCGGCACCCCCCGGCAGCCUGCGCCGUGCCCCGGCCCUGCCCGACCUGUAUGAAGCCCCUGAGGAUGUGCUGGGGGGUGAGGGGGGGAUCUAUGACCUGCCUGGGCCCCCCCCGGUGCCUGCCCUGGCCCCAGCCCCAGCCCCAGCCCUAGAGCGGGCGCUGGGGGCGCUGGGGCUAGGCGAGGGGGGGCGGCCACGGCUGCCCUCAGCUGAGAGCCUGUCACGUCGGCCCCUGCCCGCCCUGCCCUCGCCUGGCGCCCCGCGGCGCUCGGGCAGCAUCCAGGCCCGGCCCCUGCCUCCACCCCCGGCCCCAGCUGCACCGCUGGCCCCCCCAGGACUGGCUGAGGGCGAUGGGCCCAACGAGUACGAGGGCAUCCGGCUGCCCGACGAGUACGACUACGUGCACCUCAAGCAGGGUACAGACAGAUCCCAGCCCCCGAAUAUGGACCAGCCCACCCCCAAGGACUUGCUGGGACCUGGGAUCGAACCUGAGACCCCCCCACUACCAAAGGAGGAGGAGGAGGUGCCGCGCCCUGGUCCCGAGGAUGCGCAGCUGCUGCAGUUCUACGCAGGGCAGUGCCAGGGCCACUACACAGCACUACAAGCGGCCAUGGCAGCCCUGCUGACCAGUGCCGAGGCCCAGGAGCCGCCUGGCACCUUUGUGCCACAUGGCAAACGAGUCAUCGUCACAGCGCACAAGCUGGUGUUCGUGGGAGACACGCUGGCCCGCCUGGCCUCCUCUGCGCCAGUGCGAGCCCAUGUGGGUGCCGCAGCUGGGGCGCUGUGCCAGGCGCUACGCGAGGCUGUGCUGGCCGUCAAGGGGGCUGCCCUGAGCUACCCCUCCGCCUCUGCCGCCCGCCUGCUCCGCCAGCGUGUGGCCGAGCUGGCCCGCCGUGCCCUGGCCUUCACCAGCCUGCUGGGGGCACUAGCGCCCUCCUGACCCUGUGGACCUUUAACCUCCAGUGGCAUCAGUUCACUUUGCCUUUGACCUCUGGCUCAACCAGGGCCACUGGCCUGACUUCUGACCUCUGACCCUUGGUAUGAGCUCAGCGUGCUGGACCUCUGGUAUCACGUGUCUGCUGAAAGGUGCCGCUGGCCUGACUUCUGACCCCAGUGUGCUAGAUCUCUGGCCUUUGACCUUCAACCCCAUUUAGGCGCCUGUGGGCAGCACCACUCAUUUGGCCUCUGACCAUGGGCAUCACAUCCGUACCCACCUAGAGGUCCUGCUGCCUUGACCUCUGACCCCCGAUGUGAAAUCAGUUCCCACUCAUCCCCGCCGAGCUCUGACCUUUGAUCUGCAGUGCCUCAUGGCCUGACCUCUGGACCCUGAAAUCUAAGCACCGAGGUCAUCUCAGUGCCCCCUGCAGCCUGCCCUCUGGAGCCAUCCCAGUACCCAGGACCUACCUCCUUCUCAGACACCCUUUGACCCCUGCCUUGUGAUCUCCAGUGCCUUGAUGGACAAUGGUGCUUGCCUGACCUCUGCCCUUUGACCUCUAGUAACAUCUCCAUACCCCAAGAGCCAGGACACUCACCUCCACUUGAGAGCUGAGCCCUUCCUGAACCCCACAAUCAUCACUGCCCUGUGACCUCUGAUUCCCCCCCACCCCCCCAGGCAUUCCCAAAGAAAAAGACACUCAUGGGACCUCAAACUCUACCAAGUGACCUCUGACCCCUGACUCUUAUCCGGUGUGCCAACCCAACUAUGACCUCCUACCCCUGCUCUGGUCAGUGACCCCUAAUGUAGGUCCGUUGACCCACAACAGUAUUUGACCUUUCCCCUCUGCAUCUGAGUGACCCCCCCCACCCACCCACCCACCCCAUCACCAUCUCCGGCAGCCCCCUCCCACACACUCACCUGCCACGCUCCAAACCAAAGAGCUCUGUGACCUCUGUUCCCAGAAACCACCAAACCUACUUGUAGGGUCACCAGCACCACACUUUCUAUACUGAAAGCUCUGGACCCCUAUAGAUGGACCCUCCUAGAAUUUGGGGUAUCAGGGCAAUGCCAAAGAAUUGAGAUAGGGGAAGAAGCAAGGGAUCAUGGGAGACUGGCCAAUGCCAAGAGGAAGUAGGGGUUCAUGAGACCUUGGCCAAGGCCAGGAGAAAUCAGAAUGCUAUGGUAGAACAACCAAUGGCAAGCAGCAGCAAAGGAUCAUGGGAGGGGAAGGAGUGACAACCAAUGCCAGGAAGAUGCAAAGGAUCAUGGGAGAAUGGUGUUUGCAGCAGGGAGAAGAGGAUCACAGAAGAACAGGAGCCAAGAACAACCUAGGGAGGGGGCUAAUGUUGGGGGAGGGAUCAGGGGAGGCCCAGAGGCUUCUGGGGGGAUGCAAAAGGAUUGUGGGAAACUCCUGGCUGCCCCCCGCAGCUGAGAGCAGGAAACUCAUUGCCCCCAAAGGUUCGUCCCAACCCCUCCUCCUUUCUCUCAGGAAAUAUUUUUUCUAGGUUUGUAAAUAAUAAAUGAAUUAAAAGAAAUGA